AUGACCCUGCAACCAUUAACUCCAGUGAACUGUGCAGGCCUGUUACAGCCUGGCUUCUCUCUGCUGCAGCUGGAUGGUGAACUUCUCCUGUUUGGCCAGAAAGGUUGGCCCAAGCGCUCAUGUCCUACUGGAGUGUUUGGCGUCCGCUUUAAACCUGGUGAGAUGAAGUUGAGGCCCAUCUCUUUCUCCAACGACUCAUGCUAUCUUCCUCCAUUACGUUGCCCAGCUGUGUGCCGCCUCGACCCCUAUGACGGGCUCCCGGAGAGUUAUCUCAUCCACGGUGGCCGCACCCCAAACCACGAGAUCUCAUCCAGCCUGUACCUGCUGACCAUGGAUAGCCGUGGCUGCAAUCGUAAACUGACCUUAUGCUGCAAAGAGAAAGAAUUAGUGGGAGAACUACCAGGGGGCAGAUACGGCCACACAAUGAGCAUGGUGCAAAGCCGAGGGAAGACAGCGUGUGUGUUGUUUGGGGGUAGAUCCUACAUGCCUGCAGCAGAGCGCACCACAGAGAGCUGGAACAGCGUUGUGGAUUGUCCUCCGCAGGUGUUCCUGUUCGACUUGGAGUUUGGUUGCUCCUCUGCUCACACUUUACCUGAGCUCAGCGAUGGACUGUCUUUCCAUGUGGCCCUCGCCAGACAGGACUGUGUCUACUUCCUCGGGGGUCACUCGCUCGCCUCUGACUCCCGCCCCCCUCGACUGUUCCGCCUACAUGUUGAGCUUCUCCAGGGCAGACCCGUGCUUUCCUGUGAGACUCUUGAAACCGGCAUAUCCAUAUCUAGCGCCAUAAUCACCCGUACAGGUCCCAAUCACAGAUACAUCAUCUUAGGCGGGUAUCAGUCGGACUCUCAGAAGAGGAUGGAGUGCAGCACUGUGAUUCUAAAUGAGAAAGGGAUCCACUUUGAGCCCUUAGAAGCACCUAAGUGGCCCCCAGAAAUCAUCCAUAGCCGCACCUGGUUCGGUGGCAGUACUGGGGAGGGAAGCAUGCUACUUGCAGUGCCCACAGAGGGAAGGCCAUCACAGGCUGAUAUGCAUUACUUCUACCAGGUGAACUUCCAAGAAGACAAAGAGGUCGAAGAGGGGACUCAAGGCUGCAGCCAGGAGUCGACAGAUUACGACGACUCCACUCCUCUCGAAGACUCUGAGGAGCUCUACUUCGGUCGUGAGCCGCAUGAGCUCAGCAGUGAUGGAGAGGGGGAUAAUUAUAAUGAGGAGGAUGAGGAGGAUGAAUCACAAACAGGCUACUGGAUUAAAUGCUGCCUGGGAUGUCAGGUUGACCCCAACACGUGGGAGCCAUUCUACUCCACUGAGCUCCACCGGCCCGCCAUGAUCUUCUGCUCCAGAGGGGAGGGGGGACACUGGGUCCAUGCCCAGUGCAUGGAGCUGUCUGAGACCCUGUUGCUCAAAUUCUCCCAGGGCAGCAAAAGGUACUUCUGCCUGGACCACGGGGGCCUGCCCUACCAGGAGAUGACCCCGCCUCGGCAGGUGCUGCCUCUGAAGCGCACCCCCAUGAAAGUUAAGGACAGGAAAACUCCUCCAACAAUCAAAAUGUCGCCUUCUAAGAAAAGCUUCUUCAGAAGGCUUUUUGACUGA